AUGGCCUUUUGGCCAAAUGAUGCAGGUCGGUUUAACCUCGGUCACCUAAUGGAUGGAACGUCGCUGCAAGUUAUGGGGGAAUUUGUGCAACCCCCCUCUUCAUAUGCCCCACAAGUCGCAGAACAGCACUCUGGACAGCUUAGUCAAGUAUUCUCAUAUGGAGUCACUCCCGGAAGCUCUUCAAGGCCUGCACUCUUUGGUGGCAAUAAAAGGAAAGGUGGUGCCCUUGUGAAAAUUAUUCAUGCAGAAAUGACCCAGAAUGGUAAAGGAUCCCCAUCUUUCAGUGAGCUUGGGCAGACAUACCUUAACAUCAAUGUAGAUACAGCCAAUGUCUACUAUAUUCUAUCAAAGGCAAGAGAUGCCUUCAAUGAUCCCUCUUUAGAGUUGGUGUCUAGUAAUGGUCUGAGGAUAAUGGACAACGAAGGCACUAAAGGUUACUAAUUACAUAAUUUAUUUGCAUUGUUGUCUUUACCAUCGCAUAACAUAUAUAGGUCUUGAAAUAUCCAUAGGUCUUGAAUAUCCACACAUAAUCAGUGGGGUGUAUUAUCAGUAACAUUUUAUUAUUGUUUCGAAAAUCAGUCUGUCACAAAUAUACAGCUGAAUAUUGUUCAAAAAUCUUGUAUGCAAUGUCACUUUUGUCCUGUACUGCGAGUUCAGUCGAAAUAUUAGACCCAGGGCACUGGGAAAAUAUUGGUCCAUCUACUCUAAUGUUUGAACUUUGUGAAGUCAUCAAUCUUCAUCGUCAUCAACAUAAUUGUAUUAACUUGUUUAUGUGCUUUUUUGUAGGUUUGUCUUUUUGGAAGUGUGGAAGCAGAAAAAUUUAUGCUGUGAGGGUCACUACACAUGUUCCUUUAACGAGAUCAGCCAAGUCAAAGGCAAAAGCAAGUUACAGCUCAUGUUAUGACAUUUCUGAUGACAGUGAUGAAGACUUCACUCCCAAGAAGACUAGAGGUGGUAACCAUGGAGAUAUUCAAAUGGUAAAUUCUCAAAUAAAUGAAGUCAAAUCAAUGGUCAGUGACAUAUUGAAAGUAAACCAAACUUUGUCCUUGCCACUCGGGGUAGUCAAACUUCUAAGAGAUGCCUUCAUAUGCAAAAUCUGUCUCUCCACACCUAUGAAACCCCCAGUAAUUGCAGCAAAGUGUUGUAACAGCUUAAUUGGCUGUGAGGAAUGUGUUAAUCAUUGGUAUGAUGGGGCUGAUGGACUUAGUAAGAAGCUAGUGUCCACAUUGCAAUGA